AAUUUGCAGGAAUAAUGACAGAAGCAUGGGUGACAUUGGUAACGUCGGAUGGUUAUGCUAUUGGGGCACUUGUUUUGGCUCAUUCGUUGAAGGUUCAACAAACUACUAAAAAGCUGCAUUGCAUGAUUACAACUGGUGUAUCACAACAACUUAGGGAUGAACUUGCUGCGACAUUUGAUAGUAUCAAUGUGGUGAACGUUCUGGACAGCAAUGAUUCCGUCAAUUUGCGCUUGAUUGGUAGACCUGAUCUGGGCGUAACUUUCACUAAGAUACACUGCUGGAGGCUUACACAGUACACCAAAUGUGUCUUCCUCGAUGCUGAUUGCCUUGUUUUGCAAAAUGCUGAUGAAUUAUUCGAUCACGAGGAACUGUCUGCUGUAGCAGACAUUGGUUGGCCGGAUUGCUUCAAUUCGGGUGUUUUCGUUUACAGGCCAUCUGAACAGACAUAUUUGGACAUUUUGAACUUCGCCCUGGAACAUGGCUCCUUUGACGGUGGUGACCAAGGUCUACUGAAUCAGUUCUUCAAAGGUUGGCGAGAUAAACCUCCAGCUUUUCGAUUAUCUUUCAUUUACAAUAUGACCGCUGGAGCAAUUUACACUUAUGCGGCUGCUUUCAAAAAGUAUGGUGCCCAGGUGAAAAUUGUACACUUUCUGGGUCCAGUGAAACCAUGGCAACAGACGUCGGCGAGUGUCCAUUUCUCAGAGCAUCUUGCCCACUGGUGGUCGUUGUUUAAAAGUCGACUGAGCUCGAAUCUCGUCACAUCACACAUACCAAACGUUGAGUUUCAUCAAUCGUCACCACCAACCGAGGAAGAACGUAUGCGGGCUUGGGAAGUGGGACAUCCAGAUUACCUUGGCGCUGAUGCUUACAACAACAUUCAAAAAGCUAUCGAUCAUGCAUUGGAAUAAGAAGGAACUUGUCAUUUCAUUUCUGAGAAAAAGAAAAGCAGAAUUUUCGUAAUACAUUUUUUGGUUGAAUUUUGAUAGAUUCUAAAAAUUCGAGAACUUUCAAUUCCAUAUCCCAUUUAAACGAUUAUUUUUCAGUCUUUC